GCGGCGGAGGCCAGGGAGGAAGAUGUCGUAAUGAGCGGUGGGUCCUGGCCGCUGCCGGCGGGGUCUUUCCGGCCCUCAAGGGUCGGGAAGAUCCACAGACCAGCAUGGCUGCCACUGCCGCUGUCAGUCCCAGUGACUACCUGCAGCCUGCUGCCUCCACCACCCAGGACUCCCAGCCAUCGCCCUUAGCCCUGCUUGCUGCAACAUGUAGCAAAAUCGGCCCCCCAGCUGUUGAAGCCGCCGUGACGCCUCCUGCUCCCCCGCAGCCCACACCAAGGAAACUGGUCCCCAUCAAACCUGCCCCUCUCCCCCUCAGUCCGGGCAAGAAUAGCUUUGGGAUCUUGUCCUCCAAAGGAAAUAUUCUUCAGAUUCAGGGGUCGCAGCUGAGCACCUCCUAUCCUGGAGGGCAGCUGGUGUUUGCUAUCCAGAAUCCCACGGUGAUCAACAAAGGGAGCCGAUCGAAUGCCAGCGUCCAGUACCAGGCAGUCCCUCAGAUUCAGACGAGCAGUUCCCAGACCAUCCAGGUGCAGCCCAAUCUCACCAACCAGAUCCAGAUCAUCCCUGGCACCAACCAAGCCAUCAUCACUCCCUCACCGUCCAGUCACAAGCCGGUGCCCAUCAAGCCAGCCCCUGUCCAGAAGUCCAGUGGCGCCACCACCCCGGUGCAGAGUGGGGCCAGUAUGGUGAAGCUGACAGGUGGGGGCGGCAACGUGACGCUCACCCUGCCAGUCAACAGCCUUGUGAAUGCCAGUGACACUGGGGCCCCUGCUCAGCUCCUCGCCGAAAGUCCCCCCGCCCCCCUGUCUAAGACUAACAAGAAAGCCAGGAAGAAGAGCCUUCCCGCCUCCCAGCCACCCGUGGCUGUGGCUGAGCAGGUGGAGACGGUGCUGAUCGAGACGACCGCAGACAACAUCAUCCAGGCAGGAAACAACCUGCUUAUUGUUCAGAGCCCUAGCGGGGGCCAGCCAGCCGUGGUCCAGCAGGUCCAGGUGGUGCCCCCAAAGGCCGAGCAGCAGCAGGUGGUGCAGAUCCCCCAGCAGGCUCUGCGGGUGGUGCAGGCCGCAUCUGCCACACUCCCCACCGUCCCCCAGAAGCCCUCCCAGAACUUUCAGAUCCAGACAACUGAGUCGACGCCUACUCAGGUCUACAUCCGCACGCCUUCCGGUGAGGUGCAGACAGUCCUCGUCCAGGACAGCCCCCCAGCAACAGCUGCGGCCACCUCUACCACCGCCUGUAGCAGCCCUGCUUCCCGAACCUCCCAUCUGAGCGGGACCAGCAAAAAGCACUCGGCCGCAAUUCUCCGAAAAGAGCGUCCCCUGCCAAAGAUCGCCCCCGCCGGGAGCAUCAUCAGCCUGAACGCGGCCCAGCUGGCGGCGGCUGCCCAGGCUAUGCAGACCAUCAACAUCAAUGGUGUUCAGGUCCAGGGCGUGCCUGUCACCAUCACCAACACUGGCGGGCAGCAGCAGCUGACGGUGCAGAAUGUUUCUGGGAAUAACCUGACCAUCAGUGGGCUGAGCCCCACCCAGAUCCAGCUGCAGAUGGAGCAGGCCCUGGCUGGAGAGGCCCAGCCGGGGGAGAAGCGGCGCCGCAUGGCCUGCACAUGUCCCAACUGCAAGGACGGGGAGAAGAGGUCUGGAGAGCAGGGCAAGAAGAAGCACGUGUGCCACAUCCCCGACUGCGGCAAGACUUUCCGGAAGACAUCCUUGCUGCGGGCCCACGUGCGCCUGCACACCGGUGAGCGGCCCUUCGUCUGCAACUGGUUCUUCUGCGGAAAGAGGUUCACGCGGAGCGACGAGCUGCAGCGGCACGCCCGCACCCACACAGGGGACAAACGCUUCGAGUGCGCCCAGUGUCAGAAGCGCUUCAUGAGGAGUGACCACCUCACCAAGCAUUACAAGACCCACCUGGUCACAAAGAACUUGUAAGGUCUGCUGAGGCAGGCAGCCCCACAGACACGGCCCCACUUGUCCCGCCGGGCCUCUGGCUGAGAGGCACCCCUCGCUGCCCUGGGCCCGCUGCAGCUCCCUCCUGCGACCUUGUGCCCACAGGAAGGAGCUCUGCUCCCUGUCCCCUCCUCCUCCCGAAGCCCCUUGGUUCUGCCUUGGCCCUGCCCUACUCACCAUGAGCUCCCGGCCCGCCCAGACCGUGGACACUGGUCGUGCCCAAUGAGACGUUCUGAACCAGGACGCGUGGGAACCCUUAUUUCCAAAGGAAAAACAUGCAUUUCACUCCGUGGAGGAGCAAAGUGAGCCCCGCCCCCGCCCCCGCCCCCACACCCAACACUGCCGGAGUCCCGUGUGCCAUGCCCCCUCUCCCGCACCUCCCCAGCCCUGCUGGCCACUGUGGGCACCCAGGGCCCUGCACCCAGCACUCCACUGGCACCCACCUCUGGAGAGGCCAGGAGGCCACCAGGACGCCACGUGGCCAGCACCGGCCCAGCACAUUCCAACUUCCUAUUUAAAAACUGAAGAUGCUGUGGACUCCGCCCUGCCCCCUUCUCUAUGGAGAACGCUGCCUUACGCCCUACUCCAGAUAUGAACACUGUGUAUCGCGUGUGCUUUAGAGUUUCAGUUCAUUGCUCCCUCUUCCUUUCCUGUUACUCACCUCCCCACGCCUGCUUUCAGUUUAGGGUUUUAGGGGGCAAUGACGAGCAUAUGAAAUUUUUUUUUUCACUCCAGCCAUCCUCUUUCCUAAGUGACACAGCAUUUCAACCCAGACCCGAUUCAGGUCCAGACACCUGAGCCCUCCCCAGCCCAAGGCCUCCCUGUGUACAGUGUAUAUUGUAUAAUAGACAAUUGUGUCUACUACAUGUUUAAAAACAUAUUGCUUGUUAUUUUUGAGGCUUUUAAAUUAAACAAAAAUCCAACUUUAUUUUGCGUUGUAACUGCUUGAGGUCUGUUUUAUGAACUAAAUGACAGAUUUGUUGUCCUUUUAUUAACGAUGUACUUUGUUGGUCAGCGCUGGACUGACAAAAAUAUUUUUCUUGCUAAUAAAUUGAGUUGCCUGAGGCAAAGU